CGUGGUUGGUCGGUGCGGGAGUCUCGGGCGUUUUGGAGGUUAUAAGGAGUCGAGCGGGCGUCCGGCGAGGAUCGGGUCUCUCUGUCGGUGGGUUAGCGCGCGCGUGGCACGGAUCGUCGACGACAGACGCGUUUCGUUCGUCGUUGCGAGCGGAAGGACGCGCAUCGGGCUCGAUACGGGUGGCGGCGCAUCUAACCGCAGCCACCGUGCACACGUGAAUACCCGGCCGCUCACACGUUUUACGUACGGCAAAGUGGACUCGAUGUCGAUAACAUGUCGGCUACGAGCAACGUUAGGACGACACGGAUGCACAGGAUGGCCCGUCGGGCCGUUUGACGAUUAUUUAUGAAUCCACGGAAAGAUCUGAGGAGAGGGUGUCCACGGUACAACAGUAACAACAACAUCAGCAACAUGGUAAAGGAGAAGGCGAAUUCAAUCCGCAUCUACGACUCGGAGGGCUACAGACGCAGGGCCGCCUGUAUCUGCGUCAAGAGCGAUCUCGAGGACGAGGUACUACUGGUUACAUCCAGCCGAAGACCCGACAGUUGGAUAGUACCAGGUGGCGGCGUCGAGCCCGAGGAGGAACCAGCGGUCACGGCUCUUCGCGAGGUCCGGGAGGAGGCUGGCGUUCUGGGACAGUUAGGCCGUUGCCUCGGCACAUUUGAGGUUAUAACUCGUGAUAACAAGGAGCACAAACAUCGAACGGAAGUGUGGGUUAUGCGAGUGACCGAGGAGCUGCCGGAGUGGGAAGACUCGCGCGCUAUCGGCCGGAAGCGAAAGUGGUUCACCAUACCCGAGGCCCUGCUGCAGCUCGAUAAACACAAGCCCGUCCAGCGCUCUUACCUGGACAAACUCCACCAUAGCAAUCCACGACAUAAUCCCACCUCUCAGCUGUCCAAUCAUUCGCACUCCACGAUGGCAUCUAUCGAGCUGUUGAAUAACUCUAGUAACAAUACCCAUUUGAGUGAACACAGCUAAUAUCUCGUCGCGGAAAUCGAACUCCCCGAUUUUAAUCCAAAAUUCAAUCGCCAUGGAUUCUCUCCGAGCAAGAAAAACACGCUGUUCUCCUUUCUCCCUGUAAGGGAAUCCGAUAUGCAACUACUGUGUUGUGUGUUUUAUAUAUAUAAAUUGAUAUUAUCCAUGUGCUUAUCUUUAUCAUUAUAUCAUUAUAUUCUAGGUUAAUUACUACGAUUACUAUUACGUUUAGUGUUAGGUUGUUGAUAAAUUGGUUCAUGAUGGAACUUUUUUUUGUAACUGAUUUUCUCAUUUCUAAUAUAUGACUUUUUAUCGAACGCGCAAGAAGAAUGAUUAAGUCUAUUAUUUUACGAUCAUUAUUAUUUAGUGUUUGUGCCUAAUAUACGUAGAAUGCCGUACACACGUGAACUUUUACCACGUAUCUCAUAUCUUGGCUAUACAGCUACGCGAACUUUUUCUACAUUUUACGUCAAGGCAAGGGAAAAGUUGCGUUGUACUCGUUAAACUCGUUAAUAUACAGACGAUAAAUUGUGUACUUUGUAUAUUAACUUCUUGAAUAAAAUUUUGUAAUGAUUUCUGCGAAUUAUGCGAAAGAUUAUGGACAGAGCUGCGUCGCUUCAUACCCUUCGUUUGUGGUAAACAAAAAGCUAUUCCAAUUUCUUACAAACAACGUGACAAUAGGCUUAUUGAUAUUUUGUUGUUACAGCUUAAGUUAAUCGACGUUAUGACUUUAGAUGUCAAUUUUUCUGUAUUAUUUAUUUUUCUUGCGAUACUUUGUGAUGACAAAUAGUUUGUAUAGCUUAGGUUCUCGAGAUUUUUAUAGAAGGGAAGGAUUGGACAAUUAAGAAAGCGAACAACCAACUUUUGUAGCAGACUAAUAUGAGACAUUAAAUUUUUACUAUUUAAAGAUAA